AUGCUCAUAAUAUCAGCGAAAUCACAGCUUACCAAUUUUGCAUAUAACGAAAGUGUUAUAGAUACUGGAUAUUCUCUUUUUGUACAAAACCUUCAAACUUAUGAUGAUGGAAUAACUCUUGUUCAUAUUACACGACGCGAUCCAACAAUAAACACAAAUUGUUCAGUGAAUUUAGGAUUAUCUUCACCCUUACAAACUUUUGGAUUGGAACAAUUAUUACGUUUAAGAGUUAUUCAAUUAAAUGGAUCGGUUAUCGAGAUUAAUCUUGAUUUAAACUUAAUUACACCAAAUUAUUGUGUAAUGCGUCAAACUAGUGGAGGCAUAGUGUUUCCCAUUAAAAUAUAUGCUUUACAAAAACCAUUAAUUCUAGUAACAUACGUAAAUGCUACAAAUUCAUCUGAUCCUAAUACUUAUGAAGAAUGGGGAACUGUUAUCGAUUGGUAUAGCAAUAUUCGAAGUAACAUAUAUUUUGGUCCGUCUUUUGUUGAUAAUUCUAAUAAUCAUUGGUCUCCGCAAAGUUCAAUUGAGUUAAAUAUAAAUAAGAAAUUGGGAUUUUUUAGACUAGCUUUUAUAAGAAAAGAUGAUCCUUUGAAUCCUUUGUGUAUUCCACUUAGUCAAUUUACUAAUCCUCAAGUUAAACUUAAAAGCUUUCAGCUCGUAGCAAUGUCUACUAUUGAUGGUGGUUAUGCUUUAUUCUAUGCUAACUCUACUGAAAAUGUUAGUAGUAAUCGAACAUUAGCUAUACGUGGCACUGUAUAUGCUAAUUUCAUAUCCUAUAACAAAACAGUUCAAGAUAGAACGAUUCUUCUCUAUGAAUUAGAUAGAAAUGUAACUUUUAAUGGAAUUUAUUGUGACUUAGUAGCUGUUGGUUUUGGUCAAGUUUGCACAUUAUCUAUCGACUAUACAAAUACAACUAUCAACCCUAUCAAUAAUAGCACAAUAAAUAACAGUACAACAAGUUAUGUAAGAAUUUAUUUCUUAACAUCAGGAUCAGUAUUAAAAAUAGAUGUAUUAUCCGAACUUCCUAAUAUAACUAGUAUACCUUUACAAGGUUGGAUGAUAAAAGCAAUGGCAUUCGGUGGUUACAUAUUACAUGCUGGUGAUGCUGUUAAUUAUGCUCAUAUAAUUUAUCCUUAUGAUGAAUAUAACUUUCAAGUACCUUUGGUUUCAGCAAUAUUACCAAAUGGUUCUGUUUUUAUUAAUAAUAAUUUUUCUACAAAUCCUUAUGGUGCAAAUGCUAUUAUGAAUAAUAAUAAUACUUUUCUACUUCCAUCAUUCAAUAUAAAUGAUCCAAACACUCUUUGGUCUUUGCAAGCUAUCCCACUACCUAAAGUUUUAGAAGAUCAUGAUCACGGUUAUGGUAAUCUCCAAAUAGACAAAGUUAACCCACCUAUUAAUAGUGGUGUCGAUCCUUUUACUGCAACUUUAAGCAUAACCUUCUAUGAUCCCGUUAUUUUAUCGGUUGACAAAACAUCUGGUCAUAUCACCAUUUAUAAAACUUCCGAUAAUAGCAUUAGACAACAAAUUUCACCGACAAUGAAUGAUUUUUGUAAAAUCAGUUUGGAUGGAAAAACUCUUUAUAUAAAUAUUAUUAAUAGUGCAUUUAAUCAGUAUGGUGAAAGUUAUCAUGUACAAAUGGAUAAUAAUUUUGUUAAAAGUAAACUUUAUAAUGAACCUUUAAAAGGAAUUGGUGAUGGGAUUUGGAAUCUUACUUCAAAUGUUAGGAAUAAUGUAAUCGCAUUUAAUUCUUCAGUUAAUGCUAUUGUUGGUUUGGUCGGUAUUACAAAAGAUGCCAAGGAAAAGUUUUUAUCCUUAUCAUCCUAUGAUCGAUCUAAAUAUUUUAUGGAUUUGUUAAAUGAAAUUUCUAUUAAAGUACCAAUUCGACGUUCACGUUUAAGCACAAAUAAAAGAUUUCAGCAUAAUGAUUAUGGAAAACCUGAAGAACAAAUUAUUUUUUCUAUUAAAAUUGAUGUAAAAUCACCGGAUUCAGAUGAAAAUACUGUUGAUAGUGUGGUAUCGGACAUAUAUAAUAUGAUUACUUAUAAGGAAAUUACAACCUUUUCUAAUGGUCUUACAAAUGAUUUGGAUAAGAAUUUCGGCUUUGAAGUGAUGAGUAAUUUAUUGGUCGAUAACCAAACCUUAAUUGUUGUAUCGAUUUUGGUUCUUAUAGCAAUCACAAUUUUAUACAUCUUAACAUUCAAAGAUGUUUUAAAAAAUUUCAAUGCCGAAUUAAUUAAAAUCCUUCAUACAUUUUCAAGUUAUGCAAUAAUUGCUACAAAUUUCUUUUUUACGUCUUAUUUUGUUAUUAUGAAUUCUAUAGAAAAACCAAAUCUUUUUUUGCCAAGUAUAAUUAUAUGGUCUAUUCAAAUUGGCAUAAAUUUUAUUAUGGUUAUCGUCAUGCUUAUUUAUAUCUCUGAACUUUCAAUGCCUACGAAAGAUGAUAUAAUUAAAGCUUUCAAAAAUUUUGGUAUAAGCAUAUAUGAGAUUUUUAAAAGCAUUAUAAAUUAUAUUAAGAACAUGAAUGAGAAAAUUUUUUCCGAAGCAAAAGAAAUGUAUAAUAAAAUGGCUAUAUACGCAAAACUUGAAGAAGAACAACCUUUAGUAGAAAAUAUUAAAGAUUUAGUAAUAAUUUCUAUUGAAAAAGAUCCUGAUUUAAUUUCAAAAAAAAACGAUACAAAGAAAUCAGAUGAAAAGUUUGAUAAAAAUAAAUAUUAUGAAAUAAUUGGAGAAGUUAUUAAAGAAAAUAAACAUGAUAGUGUUCAUAUAAUAAAAAAUGAUUUCGAAAAUUCCGAAAAAUUAAGUAAAAUUUUUGAUAGAAAAAAAGAUGAAAUUUCUAAUCAAAUUAAAUCAGAAAUUAAUCAUAUACCUGAAAUUCUUAAAAGAAUCUUUGAAAAUUCACAUGAUAGUUCUUGUAGUAAUGAUUUAAAAAAUAUUAAACCUGAAGAUAUUACUACAGAAAUACAAUCUACUACAAAGUUAUUACAAGUUUCAAUAAAAAUACAUCACGAAUUUCAUGAAGAGAAAAGAAAAUUAAUUCUAGCUGAGAUUCAUAUUGGAAUUGCGGUUAUAAUUUUAGAUAAACUUGUUGACAUUUUAUUAGAUGAAUUUUUUAUCUUAUUAGAAAAAAAAUUUUUGAAUACUAUUAAAGAUAAAAUUUCAACUAUUAAAAAAUCGAAAAAAAAAUCGGGCAAAGAUGAAGAAUUUGAAGAUGAAUUGACCAAUGGCGCUAAUAAUAUCAAAAAUGAGAUUUUUAAUAAAUUUAAACAUAUUAAAAUUCAUGAUCUUAAAGAUAAUGAAGAAAUUUUUGAUGGACAAGAAGUUUCUAUAGAACAAUCAAACAAUUCCAUUAAAAUUUCCAAAGAAAUCGAAUAUAAAAUUCUGAAUAAAUUUUAUAAACAAAUUUCUAAUGAAAGUUCUGAUGUGGAAGUAACUUUUAAUGAAGAACAAAAAUUCACUGAAAUUGAAAAGAAAAUUUCUGAACAAAUUCAACAAAUAAUUCAAAAUGAAUAUUUUCUUAGGAACAUUUACAACAAAAUUGAUAAUGAGUUAGAAAUUUAUGGCAAAAUUGAUAGUGAGCUAGAAAUUUAUGACAGGCAUAAAACUCUUAUCGAAGAGAAAAAAAAGGAAACUCUUGAUCAUGAAGAACAAAAAACUAUUGAUCAAAUUCAUGAAUGUCAUGAAUGGGCUAAAAACCACUUACAUGAAAUUUUUAAUAAAAUUUAUAAUGAAGAAACUUCCAAUAAAAAGCAAGAUUAUGCUGAAAUUCCUAAGGAAAAGCAAGAUUAUGCUGAAAUUUCUAAUAAAAUCAAAAAUAAAAUUUCUGAUCAAAUCCAUAAAAGAAUUGAAAAAAAAUAUUUUUUUGAAAUUCUCAAGAAAAUUUACGAAGAUGAGGAUGGGAAUUACGACAAAUCAAACAAAAUUUCUGAAAAAUUUUUCAACGAUGAGAAUAACAAACCUCUAAAUGAAGAGCCAAAUGAAAUCAUUGAAAAAACUUACAGAUAUGAGAAUAACAAACCUCUAUACGAAGAGCCAAAUGAAACUAUUGAAAAAAAUUACAAUGAUGAAAAUAACAAAUCUCUUAAUAAAGAAUCAAGUGAACAAAUAAGAAGCAUUUCAAAAAAAAAUCGAAGAAGCACUUUAAGCAAAGCACAAACAUAUUGUUCUAAUGUGAUACAAAAUGAUCAUACCAAAAUAUCCUAUAAGGUUGAUAGAAUCAAAAAAAUAUUUUCUGGAACAUUGAAAAAAGCACUUCAUGUGAAAGAAGACAUACUUAUGGAUAUGAAACAUAUGUUAUUCAUCAUUUUUGUAAUAUUUGAUAGUGAAUCUUUAAUAUUUAUGAAUGACAUAACAGAAGAUUAUAUUAAGAAAAUAACAUAUAUUAAUGUGAACAAGGGGCGAAAUACACAUGAUAUUAUAUAUAUAGAAGAAAGGGUUAAAGCAGUUGAAGCCUGUAUUAAAAAAGCUAUUCGAAUUAAAGAUAGUAGUGUAAAAUCAGAAUUUUCGGAAAGUGCAUCAAGCACCACAUCCCCUGGUAGUGCACCACAAGUAGUAAACGUUCAAACUUAUGAUAAUGGGGCAAUUCUUGUCAGCGUUGCACGAAAAAGUGAUUCACAAAAACAAAAAGACAAAAUAGCAAUAUAUAAUUCACUCAACUGCACACUGAUUUUUGAAAAUAUAUUACGACUAAGAGUCAUUCAAACAGACGGAAAAAUUAAAGAAAUUAAUUCCAAUUUGAACCUUGAUCCUGUGAAUUAUUGUAUAUUUAAUGAUCCAUACGGAAAUCCAGUGAAUCCUAUUAAUAUAUACACUUUACAUAAACAAUUUAUUCUAGUAAAUUAUGUGAAAGUUGACUCUGGAAAUUAUGAAGAGUGGGGAAGUGUUAUUGAUUGGAGUGGUAACAGUCUAAGUGAUGUUCAUUAUGGUCCGUCUUAUAUUAAUUCUAAUGGCUCUUGGAGUCCACAAAGUAUAAUUCAAUUAAAUGUGAACAAGAAACAAGGAUUUUUUAGAUUUAACACUGUAAGAGUAAACGGUUUAGACCGGACAGAAUGGCAGCAAUAUCUUGUUGAUGAUUCCGGAAAGAUAUCAAAACUGACAAAUAAUAGUAUUUCACUAAAUGACCCAAAUUCUAAUAAUUCUAUAAUCACGACGAUAUCUACUGUCACUGGCGGUUAUGCUAUACUGUGUGUUAACUCAUCGAUAAAUUAUAACACUUCAACAUUAACCACACGUAGCGGAUUAUAUAUAAACGUUAUACCCUAUAAUCAGUCAACCCCAUCUGAUCAAGUUCUCCUAUAUCAAUUAACCCUUCCCAACAUAAUUUUUCUUGGACUUUAUUGUGAUAUAGCACCAAAUAGCAUCGGUUAUAUGUGCAUAAUUGAAAUUAGUUAUAAUUCGCAAUUGAAUUAUAUAAAAGUUCAUUUUUUAACUUCUGAAUCAGUGACUUCGAUCAAUAUAUUAUCCAAUAUUCCUGACAUAAGCGCAAUUAAUUUCACAUCCAGAAAUCUUGGAAUGCAAGCAAUGACAUUUGGUGGUUAUUUAUAUUAUGCUAUGGCUAAAAAUAACAGUUAUUAUAUUUGGCCUUAUGAUGAAAACGACCAAAUGUUGACUCCGCUGGGUCCUUUUUCUGCAAAUGAAUUUACUGCAAAUGUUAUUUAUAACAAUAUUAAUCGGAAUAAUCUUAAUUCCGCAGUUAGUAUUAUGGGAAAUAAUACUUUUAUAAUCGCUUCCAAUACAAGUAGUCAAAGUACUUCGUGGUCUCUGCUCUUUGUUCCGUUACCUCGACUUUAUGAAGAUACUGGCUACGGUAAUCUUCAAAUAUUUAACAUUAUGCCGCCACCAAUUAAACCACCUAACGACGGUACUAUCGAUUCUUCUACGACUUCUCUAAACAUUACCUUUAAUCGUUCUGUUAUUUUGUCGACCGGUUCUAUUACUAUUUAUAAAUCUUCUGACAACACAAUUAGACAAACAAUUUCUGCAACAAUGAGUGAUUAUGUUAAAUUUAUGGAUAAAAACCAUACGAUUGUCAGUAUAACUAUACUUAGUAGUACAUUUAAUCAAUACGGUGAAAAUUAUUAUUUACAAAUGGAUGCUAAUUUUGUCAGAGAUGAGAUGUUAUCUGAACCCUUAACAGGAAUUAAUGAAGGAAUUGUUAAAUUCACAUCGAAGGAAGCUGCUAUUUGUUUGGCUCGUCUCACUACUGUUGCAACAGAAAAAUUUAAAAAUCUCGCUAAUGCCAACAAAACAGAUUAUUUUAAAGCUUUAUUGCAAGAGAUUUCUAAAAAAUUACCAGUCAGAACAGAACUUCUAUCUACAGAUAAUAACUAUCAAUAUUUAACUAUUAAUUCUAAAGAAAAUGCCCAAUUCGCUAUUCGUGUGGAUAAAACAAAUCCAAAAAUAGAUAAUUAUACUACUGUUCCAGGGAUAGUAUCAGAUUUAGAUAAAAUGAUCAGGAAUAAACGUAUCACUACUUUCUCCAAUGGUUUAACAAACGAUUUAGAUGAGACUUAUGGUUUUAAACCGAGAGGCAAUAUACUUGGCGAUUAUAAAUUCGAAAUUAUUCCUUUGUUCUCUGCUGGUGCAGGGAACCUUUUGGUUUACAUCUUUUCUCAAUUUUCGUCUGAUUCUGAUGAUUUUAAGCAAAUGCUCAAUGUAGUCUCAAGUGGAUUAUUUACUGCUACUCAUACAAGUUUUUCAGGCAUAUUUGCUUUUUCUGAUGCUAAAAAUUACCCGUUAUUAAGUUUGCCAAGUGGCGGAGUCAAAAAACUUAAAUUUGUGAAUCUUUUAACCAUUCUUCUAGCAUUGUAUAAUAGCGAAACUUUACUACUUGUAAAUGGAAUCAAAUUACAAGAAAUAUUUGAUGAAAAAUUUGAGCCUAUGGUUAAAUAUAGGGCUUUUGCUGAUAUUUUUAUUAAGAAUACUCCACAGCUUGUUAUUCAGGUAAAGUUUUCAUUAUAG